ACGUACGACGGACUGAGAGCAACGCACCGCCCGGCCACACCGCAGCAAGUCGGCAACAACGCAACCGGAGCACCGCGGGGACGGACCGCAUUGUUCCCCACAUGUAGCAGGACCCAGAGCAGCACAGCCUCUGCGUCCUUCACGCUCGGAGCCACCGGGUGACGAGUCCAGUUUGGAGACUGGUUUUAGUGGCGCUCAUCGGGAACACUGGUUCCGGAACUACUUAUCCAGUGCGUGGAGAGUAAAUAGCUUUUUAAAAUGGCAACCAGUCGCUCACCGCGAACACAGACGUGAUGAGCAGGUGUCCCAGAGGCUGAGUGUCCCCUUAGUUCCCCGAUCAGGGCCUGUGGUUGCAGAGCCUCUCCAGAGGUGAUGUCUGCGGCCCAGACCCAGAAGGAGAGCGGGGAGGCUGGCUGGGCGCCCCUGGAGGCCCUGGGCCUCAGCCAGAAGGAGCUGGUCCUGGCAGAGGCCCUCCAGAUGGAGUACGACGCCCUCUCUCGCCUCAAACAAGACAAGGGCGUCCCUGCCGGGCCCGAAACCGGCUCCAAGCCUGUCUCGAGGCCCCCGCCCCCGCCCUCCAUCGAGCGCCCUCGGCCCGUCCCCAGCGGACACGUCUCCAGCCCCCCCGGGGGGAACCUGUUGAGGGGUCUCUCCGGGUCGGACUCCUCCUUGAAUCAGCCGGCAGGGUCCCGGUCCCCAACACGGUCCCCCACGCGGCCCCCGCUGAGCAGGCCGGCUCUCCCGCGGGGGCCGCUCAGCAAGGAGCCUCUGUACAUCCUGGACGGCGAGGGCGACCUCCUCCCGGGCUCCCGCUAUGGACCGGGCUACAGCCCCGCCCCCAAAGGGGCCCCCCCCCCUACCGACGACAUGCCCCCCGCCGUCCCGCCGAGGAACCCCCUCCCGCACUUGUCGGGCUCAGACAACCCCUUCCUGCCCCCCCGCGGCCCCCCACCCGGGGCGCCCCACGACGUGAACCUGUUCACCCCCGACGUGGACCGGCCCAAGGUGAUCUCGGAGGAGGUGACCUACGAGAGCCUCAACGCCGCGCUGUCCCGCCUCAACAGCGAGCGGCAGGGCCAGCGCAGCCGGCGGGCCAGCGGGGAGCCCCCGGGUAAGCCCGUGGCCCGCAGCAAGACCCUGCCCCCCCAGGUGCCCCCCAGGACCUACAUGCCGGCCCCCAAGAGCAAAAGGAACCUGCGUCGGGUGUCCGCAGACCCAGUUGCCUUGGAGUCCCGAGCAAACGGCUUCAGCUACGAGCUGUUCAAGGUGUCGGAGGACAGAGACGAGGAGGUGGCUGCCUACUGCCACAUGCUGGACAUCCUGAGGUCGGCGGACCCGUGCGGCGAGCGCUCCAGGAACACAGGCUUUGUGUGGUCCCCGUCGGUGUCCCAGGAGGAGCUGCAGCAGGGCCUGGGGGUCAGUGUGAAGGUCACGGUCAUCAGCGACCACUUCAGGGAGCCGCUCACCUUCACCUGCGACGGCUCUUCCACCGUGGACCUGCUGAUCUACCAGACGCUGUGCUACGCCCAGGAAGACCUGGACGUGGACGUGGAGCAGUACCUGCUCAAAGUCUGUGGACAGGCAGAGUUCCUCAGCAAUUCCCAGACGCUGGCCGGUCUUGAGUAUGUCCAGCAGUGUCUCAAGUAUGAGUGGGACAUUCGUCUCCUGCUCACCAAGCGAGCUUCAAUCAACACAGAGCUGGCUCGCACGGAAGAAGAUGACAAAAUGGCGUCCACCAUGAACCACUGCAUCUUGCUCCAAGAGCGGCCAAUCAGACAGACCGUCACCAGGGAGGCACUCACCCUUCUCCUGGAUACAUAUCACAACGAGGCUGAGGCCUUCAUCUUGUCUGAGGCUGAGCUGCUGCUGCAUGUGGAGCGUCUUGUCCAAUCGGUGAAGGCCCUGUGCAGUACUCUGGCCUCCGUGGAGUCGGCCGACCUGACCUCUGCCCUCAGCCAGCUCCCAGCAUGCCCUUGUCGCCUGCAGCCGAAGGUUCAGAAGGAUAUCUCUGUAUUGGCUGUCAAAGGAAACAGAGAAAAGGUGGUGGAGAGGCUGACAGUGGCCAUCCUGGACCAGGUGGAGCUGUACUGUAGCACCUUCAACGCCAACUUCCACACAGCGCCGCCCAGCAGCCGCAGCACUGCGCCCAUCCAGGAGGCGGGCGUGGUGAACAACGUGCUCUCCUUCAGCGUUUACUCGGCCCACCGCGUCCCCAUCACUUGGGCGGCCAGUUACGAGGGCUUCUUCCUCUCCUGCUCCCUGACUCACGGCGGGGCGGAGCUGUGUGCUCCUCAGCACACCAGCAAGCAGGCGGUCAGCAAGUACCUAUUCCACCUGGUGGUCUGGGACCAAAGGGUGUGUUUCCCAGUGCAGAUCAACCAGCUGCCCCGUGAGUCCCAGCUGACUGUGACUCUGUACGCCACGGCUCUACCGCCCCCUGGUGGCACGGAGGAGAAGGGCAAGCAGCGGCGCAGCAUCGACGCGCUGGGCUGGGUGACCAUGCCCCUCUUCAACUUCAGACAUGUUCUGACGUGUGGAAGGAAGCUGCUUGGUCUCUGGCCGUCCAUCCCAGGAAGUGGAAACGCACGCUCAAGCUCUCCCAACUUCAGCCAGCCUGACAGCGUCAUCCUGCAGGUGGACUUCCCCACCUCGGCGUUCGAGGUCCGCUUCAGCACCCCCGGGCCGGCGGACUUCUGCCCGCAGUACGAAUUCUCCAGGCUGGACACAGCCAGCCAGCGCCAGCUGCAAGACGUCCUGCACAAGAAGUCCCUCUUCUGGUUGACGGUGGAGGACAAGCGGCUGCUGUGGGAGAAGAGAGCCUUCUGCCAGGAGGAGAGCGCCGCCCUGCCACUUGUGCUGGCCAGCGCCCCCUGCUGGCAGUGGUCCUGCCUGCCCGACAUAUACGCCCUGCUGAGGCAGUGGGCCUGCCUGAGCCACAUGGACGCUCUGGGGCUGCUGCACGCCUCGUUUCCCGACCAGGAGCUGAGGCGGACUGCGGUGCAGUGGAUGGACUCCAUAUCAGACCCCGAGCUGCUGGACUUCCUGCCUCAACUAGUCCAGGCGCUGAAGUACGAGUGCUACCUGGACAGCGCGUUGGUCCGCUUCCUGCUGCGGAGGGCCAUCGGAGACGUCCGCAUCGCCCACUACCUGUUCUGGCUGCUGAAGGACGCGCUACAGGACCGUCAGUUCAGCGGGCGCUACCAGCACCUUCUGGCCGCCCUGCUGUGCUGCGCCGGCCGUGGCCUGAGGGAGGAGUUUGAGCGCCAGUGCUGGAUGGUGUCCGUCCUUGCCAAGGUGGCCCAAAGAGUCAGGGACGCCAUGGCCUCCAACAGACAGACGGUCCUUAGGGAGGGUCUUGACGAGAUGAAGCAGUUCUUCUCCGUCAACAGCAGCUGUCGGAUGCCCCUCAACCCUGCCCUGCUGGUGAAAGCCAUCAACGUCCAGUCCUGCUCCUUCUUCAACUCCAACGCUGUUCCCCUGAAGCUGUCCUUCCAGAACGUAGACCCCCACGGAGACAACAUCAACGUCAUAUUCAAGUCGGGGGACGACUUGCGGCAGGACAUGCUGACCCUGCAGAUCAUCCGCAUCAUGAACCGGAUCUGGAUCCAGGAGGGGCUGGACAUGAGGAUGGUGAUCUUCAGAUGCUUCGCCACCGGCCGCGGGAGAGGCAUGGUGGAGAUGAUCCCCCAGGCAGAGACCCUGAGGAAGAUCCAGGUAGAGCACGGGGUCACGGGCUCCUUCAAGGACCGCCCGCUGGCUGACUGGCUGCAGAAGCACAACCCCACCGACGACCAGUAUGAGAAGGCGGUGGAGAACUUCAUCUACUCGUGUGCGGGCUGCUGCGUGGCGACCUACAUCCUUGGGAUAUGCGACCGCCACAACGACAACAUCAUGCUGAAGACCAGCGGCCACAUGUUCCACAUCGACUUCGGGAAGUUCCUGGGUCACGCGCAGAUGUUCGGGAACAUCAAGCGGGACCGCGCCCCCUUCGUGUUCACCUCGGACAUGGCCUACGUCAUCAACGGCGGGGACAAGCCCUCCAGCCGCUUCCACGACUUUGUGGACCUUUGCUGCGAGGCGUACAACCUGAUCCGCAAGCACGCACACCUCUUCCUCAACCUGCUGGGCCUGAUGCUGUCCUGCGGUAUCCCAGAGCUGUCUGACCUGGAGGAUCUGAAGUAUGUCUACGACGCCCUGAGACCCCACGAGUCAGAGGCCGACGCCACCAUGUACUUCACCAGGCUGAUCGAGUCCAGUCUGGGCAGCGUAGCCACCAAGCUCAAUUUCUUCAUCCACAACCUGGCCCAGAUGAAGUUCGCCUCCUCGGAGGAGCGGCCCGUGCUGACCUUCGCCCCACGGGUCCACACCCUGAAGAGUGACGGGCUCAUCCGCAACCUCUACGUGUGCCGCCACAUCCGCACCUACAGCCCCAGCAAGGGCUACGCCUUCGUGGUGAAGGUGGAGCGAGAGGGGCUCCAGCAAGGGGCAGCAUUGGUCCAGAGGAGCUUUGAAGAGUUCCACGAACUGCACUGCAAACUGCGGCUCAUCUUCCCUUCGUCCAAGCUGCCCAGCUUCCCCAGCCGGUUUGUGAUUGGCCGCUCGCGAGGAGAGUCCAUGGCUGACCGGAGGAAAGAUGAGCUGAAUGGUUACGUGUGGCAUCUGGUCCACGCCGCUCCUGAGGUCGCCCAGUGUGACCUCAUCUACACCUUUUUCCACCCGCUGCCGAGAGACGAGAGACCAGGCACCCCCCUCCAGCCCCUGCACAACAAACCAGCCGAGCUCUCCUGGUCGCCCACCUCGGGGAAGGACAUGGGGGAGGUCAAGCUGUCCAUCUCCUACAAGAGUGACAAGCUGUUCAUCAUGGUCAUGCACAUACGCGGCCUGCAGCCCCUCCAGGACGGGACGGACCCGGACCCCUAUGUGAAGCUCUACCUGCUGCCGGACCCCCAAAAGACCAGCAAGAAGAAGACCAAGGCUGCACGGCGCACCUGCAACCCCACCUACAACGAGAUGCUGGUGUAUGAACGCAUCCCCCACGGGGACCUGGACCAGAGGGUGAUCCACCUGCGGGUGCUGGGGGACGGGCCCUUCUGGGAGAACUCCCUGCUGGGGGAGACUUUCAUCCCCCUGAAGAAGCUCCUUCCUGGUCAGCACUGGGUGGACUGGCAUCGGCUGGGCCUUGAGGGCCUGGAGGUGGCCCGCUGACACACAAGGUGUGUGUGUGUGUGUGUGUGUGUGUGUGUGUGUGUGUGUGUGUGUGUGUGUGUGUGUGUGUGUGUGUGUGUGUGUGUGUGUGUGUGUGUGUGUGUGUGUGUGUGUGUGUGUGUGUGUGUGUGUGUGUGUGUGUGUGAGAUACAAGAGGAAAGCAAAAAAAUGCCUUCCUGAAGAAAGGCUGAUUGACAAUGGAUUGAUCAUCAGCUCUGUGAGGUAGUGGACAUUUUCUCACACCAUAUUUAGUUUUCUUUCAAAUGUGAGUUCUAAUUUCGGCUUAUAUUACAGAGUGAUUUUGUUCAGAUCUUUUAUGUUUUUUUGUUUACAUUGCCUAGUGUGUAGAUAUGCAGAAGUAGAACUAUGCCGUGCAAAUGUGUUUUGCAGGAAAGGAAGGACUAUUUGGACUUAAGAUUUUGACAGUCCUUUAUGUAUAUUCUGUACAGCUCUAGUCUGUGUAUUUUCUGCUGUUGAGUAGCUGUUAUGCUAAAAUGUUGUACAGCACGAGCUACCUUAGCAGUCAAUGUUACUUGUCAAAACUAACACCACGGGCAGACUCUGUAUUUGGCUUUUAGUCAUUCUAAAUGUUGAGCUGAAAAUUAAAAAUGAACCAAUAUGUAGACUAUUUUUUUCUCUUGGGAAGGAUGCAUGGGUGUUGAUUCAUUUGUAUGUGUGCAUGUGUCUUUGUUUGUGUGAGUGUGUGUCCAUAUGAGAGAAUCUGAAUACUUUAUUGGAUUUUAUGCAGUGCUCUUCUGAUUGUAACCCAUCUUUUGUGUUUUUUUUAUCUGAACUUAUAAAAUCACUGUUUCAUUCCCUUAAAGAUCCUGUGAAUCACAAAGAAUAUGUAUACAUCUUUUUUUAACUAAAUGAAUAUCGGUAACCGCUUAAAAACACUGCAUUACGUGUACUUGUACUUCAAUGCAUUAUUAGAUUUGUGCAGAACUGCAAAACUGUGAGAACCAGUUGAGCCAGAAACCAUGCAGAUAGCUUCCAGGGAAAAUCUAAAUACAGUUUAAAAUGUGGACUGAAUGACUGACACAUAAUCUAACAUGAAGAUCACUUAACUCGUUGGCAUUGAGCUUUAGAUUCACUGCUGAAGUUGUGGAAUUUCUAAAUUUUUGGUGAAAUUUAGAAGUUUCUCUAAAUGGCCCUAGAUCUCAUGGUGAUCUCGGCAUAUUCUGCAAGCACAUUCAAUUGAUGGUGUGAGGUUUCUAUUUUUGAACACUGCCUAUUUCUGUAUGAUGUGCAAAAGUAAGGAGAUGGGAAACCUUGGCUCAUCAUGCAUCAGCACAAAAUGGUCUUCAGAAUUCCAAGAUGGACAGGAGGCUGUUAAAAGAGUGCCAAAAAAUAACUUAAAGGUCAAGAACAGUCUGGGGGUCUAACCUUUGUAACUCUAUCCUGGCUUCACUCAAACAUCAGUCACCAGUAUCAGUUUGGGAUCCUGCCAGCCAAUGAAUGAAAGUAAGGGCGUCGAAGCACUUAUGUAUUUUGGUGAAUCCAAGUAACAGUGAAUCACCAUACAAGUCCUUCACCAAGUGUCCUAAAUAGCAAAGUGCUCUAUUGCUAUUUGUUUGACAAAGAUUUUGGUAAGGAUGUUUCAGUGAAGCCAGGACCGAGAGCUACAGGGAUUUGGUCACAAAGACCUGUGUUGUCGGGUUAUUAUGAAAGGCAUUUGAACCAUGGCCCGUUGAAGGUGUGUUGUAUAUAAUGCGCGUAGCCUUUAAUGUUAAUACGUUCCAAUUGAACUGGAUAUGAUGCAUGUAAAUAAGGCCAAAAUUAUCAAUGUGAUUUGAUUUAACUUUGUUUUUGUGAAUAAAUAACAGCUGUAUUGUAA